AAUCUCCUCCAAACACCAGCAGCAAGGUCUAAAGUACCUGAACUUCCAAGGGUUUCACUUCAUUGCGUGCACAGUAACAAAGAGCUGUCUUGGAUCCAACAUCCCUCUUUCUUCCCAGUUGGUUAGGAGCGGGUAAAACUCGGGAUAAUGUAGGAACAUGUAUGUCUGUGUGGAAUCCGUCUCUCCUCCUGCCCUGGGUUUCCGGGUGAGGCAGUAACGAAUAUUCCUGGGAAUGAAUGGACAAUGUUGAAUGUAUUUCGCGUUAAAUAUCCCUCUGAUGUAACCUCCAAUCCACAGGUACCUGAACAUCCCUGAAGGAUACCUGCUCGGUCUUUAUAACUUGGCUAGGCUCGCUGUAAGCCGUUAACCAGGCAGGCUGGUCGGUGUGUGUUAGUGACGUGUAACCCGGAAGAGCUGGUGUUGAGCAGAGCUGUACGUGUCUGAAUUUUUGGUCCACCUGAAUCCGCCGCUCAUUGGCCAGUGCUGGGACCGGGAUCAUUAAACCCUCAAAGUCCAACUGCCAGCCCCCGGGAGGAGUGCCUGCAUUCAGUGCGACUUCGCCGAGGACGGAGAGAGAGAGAGAGGGAGAGACAUCGCCUGCAUUAGCUCCCGCGCCUCACCGCCUUACAAGAAAGCAACACAAGAUUAUACAGCGGGGGAACUAUUUUGUUAGCAGUCCGGACUUGUUAAACUUUCCAAAACUUGUGUGCGAGUUACUCCGUGUUACAUCGUGAUCAGCAAGUCCACUCGGCCCGUCCGAGUUUCAGUUUUGCUUUAACUUUGAAAAAAAAAGUCCCCUCACCUUCCCCCGCCCUCCCCCCUCUCCAAAAAAAAGGAUAAGGAGAGUGUGACCCAUUCUGGAAGAGGCUAUGGAAGUGGCUGCAGAGCAGUCUCGCUGGAUGAGCCAUCACGCCGUCCUGAACAGCCAACACCCGGAAUCUCACCCGAACCUUUCUCAUAACUACAUGGAAACCAGUCAGCUGCUACCUCCGGAUGAGGUCGACGUGUUUUUUAACCAUCUCGACAGCCAGGGUAGCCCGGUCUCUCCUUAUUACAGCAACUCUCCGCACGCCCGAGCCACCGUCUCAUACCGACAAGCCCACGCUCGCCUGGCGGGUGGACAGGUCUGUCGGCCUCACCUCCUCCACAGUCCCGGGCUGUCGUGGCUGGACAGCGGGAAAGCGCUGGUCACGGCUCAUCACCAUCACCACAACAGCGCGGCGUGGACCGUCAGCCCGUUCAGCAAGGGAGCGCUGCACCCAGGCGCCCCGGGCGGCAUCACCGUGUACCCGGGCAGCGGCACCACACCGUCCCUGUCCCAGGCGGCGGCGGCGGCGGCGGCGGCGGCAGCAGCUCACUCCAGCCCCCAUCACCUCUUCAGUUUCCCACCCACACCGCCCAAGGACGUCUCGCCGGAUCUGGGCGCUCACAGCUCGGUGUCUCCCUCCAGCUCGGCGGCGGCGGCAGCAGCAGGUCGGCAAGAUGAUAAGGGAUCCCUUAAAUAUCAUGUGUCUAUGGCUGAGGGUAUGAAACUGGAAUGUUCUAGAACUUCUAUACCAUCGCUUGGAGCGAGUGCAGCUUCCACUCACCACCCUCUCCCCACCUACCCUGCCUAUGUUCACGGUGCACACGAUUACAGCGGCCAUCUCUUCCAUUCCAGCGGUCUGCUAGCCGGCGCCUCCUCUAAUUUCACACCUAAAUCCAGGAGCAAAACACGGUCAUGUGCCGAGGGACGAGAGUGUGUAAACUGUGGAGCCACCUCUACCCCGUUGUGGAGGAGAGAUGGAACGGGACAUUACCUCUGUAAUGCAUGUGGCCUUUACCAUAAGAUGAACGGGCAGAACAGGCCCCUCAUUAAACCUAAAAGGAGAUUGUCGGCCGCCCGGAGAGCAGGAACAUCCUGUGCUAACUGUCAGACCAGUACCACAACCUUAUGGCGGCGGAACGCGAACGGGGACCCGGUGUGUAACGCCUGUGGCCUUUACUUCAAACUUCACAAUGUGAACCGGCCCCUAACGAUGAAGAAGGAAGGCAUUCAGACCCGGAACAGGAAGAUGUCAAGCAAGUCAAAGAAAAGCAAGAGGUUGUCGGAUGGUUUCGAGGAGCUCUCCAAGUGCAUGCAAGACAAGACCUCAUCGUUCAGCUUGGCGAGUCACAUGCAGCACAUGGGCCACCUGCCCCCUUUCAGCCAUGCGGGGCACGUAUUGCCCACACCGACCCCCAUUCACCCAUCAUCCAGCCUCUCGUUUGCACACCCUCACCCCUCCAGCAUGGUGACUGCCAUGGGCUAGAAGGAACGGCCACUCCCUCAGAGGAAGAAGACACAGAGAGUGAGAAAGGCAGGAGAGAAGUGAGAAAAACAAACAGUUACACAAGGUUUUUGCCUUUUAUCUUGUUUUUCCUUAAGAAAAGAGUGAAGGGAAAUCACGGACAGUGUGUUGUUUGGAAACACUGGAGGGUUUGGGGAGGUGCGGGGGAACAGGCUCCCAGUGAUUGGCUGGUCAUCUUUGCAAAACUUUUGGGUGGGAGUCAAAUUUAAAAUUAUAUACAUGUUACUGUGCCCUUCUUCAUAAAUGUACCAAGAAACUGUACAUCAUUGGCAUCGCCUCUUCGGAAUAACUUGAGAGACACAAAGAGGGAGGAUUGCAUCAGUAAAGUAUCAAGGAUUUCCAUCCAUCUUAUUGAUGUGAAUAUUGUAAAUCAGAGAAUUUGGGAUAAAUUGACUGGUAAAACCUAAUAGCUGAUGCUGGAUUCUUUUCAUUUUAAAAACACAAAAAAAUUCUCAAAAAAUAAGCAAAGCCACUUAACUUUGAAAUAUAGUUCUUUCUGUUUGUCUUGCUUUAAUUAUUUCAUGUUGUGCAGAUGUUUUUGUUUUGAGGGGAAGGUUAGCAUCGAUUCUGUGAUGAGAUGCAUGCUUAGAGUAUGCUUCCUGGGCCAGGGUCAUGACGUUAACUGUACCGUCUGGGCGUAGAUUCUGGGUGUUGUCCACGUUGACCCCCCACCCUCAGUCAUCUGGUUGUGGUGAGUUAACUGGUGAAAGGUGGGUCAUGUCAGGGAAGACACCUUCAGGGAGAAUGGGCAUACUAGAGGCAUCAUGAUGCGGUGAGACAGUGUGAGAUGAAGCAGGGGGACAGAACCCAUUGUGAUAGCAGACUUGUUUGUUUAUUUGUGGGACUGGGUGAACAAUGUCAGUUUGAGGUGGGUGGGGGAACAUCGUUGGGGGGUGGGUCAGAGUUCCUGGAAGACACUGGGAAUCACCUGAGCAAGAUGAGAGGAAGGAUGAGGCGUGUGGGGAGUGGGCAAGACAGUGAGAGCCUGCAUCCAUGAACAAAUGAGUCUGUUAUCUUCCAAAUCGGUUCUCAGACACACACACCAAAUCAAUGAAUAAAGACCUUUCAGUGUAGAUAAUUAAUUGUGUACAUUAUUAUUAAUAUUUCACGAGCUGGCAGGUAAACACACACGAGAUCUUCAGCAUGUCUGCCAUCUUCAUCUUAACCUAAAGUGACAGAUCACUGCUCCCACUUUAGACCUAAAAGGGUCAUUGUGCUUUAACAAUAAAUUAGGCCCAAUAUAAGAGAACACAUUGGGGAGCAUGCAAACUCGUCGUAACACUAGUCACUGUAUCCUGGAGCAUCUUGCCAAACAGCCCUGAGAACGUGUCAACAAAUUUAACAACAAAGAAAUGCAUUUAUGUGGCACCUUUAAUAUAGCAAAAUAUUUCUAAAUAUGUCAAAUAAGGCAAAAUUUGACAUGGAGCUGGAUUUUGUGAAACUUUUGGGGAGGGGACCAGCAAUUUGGUAAAAAUUAUAGGUUUUAAAGAGAGUCGUAAAGAGGAAAGACUUUGAGAAGGAGCAGUUUGGGAGUACCACACACGCGUUUCAUAGUGGGGCCAAGGUGGAAGGUGUUUUAAAGGUUGCUUUGAGAUACACAGUUGUUUUAUGAUGGUCAUUUAGAUUUGAGUUGUGCAUUCUCAACUUCAGAAUCAGUGUGCCAUUUAAACAAAGCUGAUUCCUUCCAACAGUGUAACCUCAGAGCUGAAAAAUAGCAAUGAUGAUGCAGAGGAAUUCUUACCAUUAUUUUAUAACUCCCUCAAAAUUAAACUUCCCUUCCUCCUUCUCGUACUCCAGACACGUCCACUGAGAAAGCUUGACACACGUGAUGAAGGAAAUUCUCACUGUGCAAUGUUGAAUUAGAUACAGGGUGAAGAAAAGAGAACAGUGUCCUAUUCAAUAGUUUUUCCCUGUGCUCUUUGUCUGUGCUAUGAAAAUUUAUAACUUGCAGAAAAGGGAUGGAUAUAUAUGACCUUGCAAUUGAGAACUGAUGACUAUAUAGUGUCAUUGAGUUACAUAAUGAUGUAUAAGACAGGAAAGAUAUUGAGGAAUGGGAUCUCAUCAACACAGUUCACUCAGUAAAAAUUCACAGUAUGAGCCCCUUUCUCCUAAUGCACCCUGAAAUAUUUUCUGCUCUGCAUAUGCAUCAAAAUAGCAUUGGAAAUAAAAUGUGCUGUCCAUUACCACAUAACAACAGUGACUCUACAGUAGUUCUUUGAAUGUGAAGUUUCGCCUUGAGAAUUUGCAAAGGCAUGUUAUAAAUGCAAGUUGCUUCUUUAUUCCAUUCCACCAUCUCAAACGCACAUCAGCAGCAUUUUAAAACAAAGAGUGCAGCAAAAAAGACACGUCUACAGAUUGGGUUUAACCUUAGUUCAGCAUUCUUUCAAAGUGGGAGUAAAGGGAGACAGCAAAGUGUACCUUCAACUGGUGGUCACAUUGUUUUCCUUUUCAACUUCGUAUUGGGUUGAUAAAAAUAUUUUCUGAAUAUUUCUCAAGGACUGAACAGCCAUAUUAAAAAAAAACUGCUUUAAAUGUUUAUAUGAUGGUUUGCUAGUGGCACUCAGCAUAUAUAGCUGCACUUUGUAUAGGUUACAUGUAAUAUCAGAGAGGGUGGGAGAGAAGGAAGGCAAUUACUGUCAUGUGUGAGAUACAAGUUAAAAAACAAUCCUUUUUCUCUUUUGUUGAAUAAAUUGACACUCGGUGUGUGUUCUUUUUCAAAUAUGGUACAGCGAAUAAUAAUUUGAAAGGAAACUGAUUUUUUAAAAUCUGGGAAUGUCAAGGGGAGAGUUACUGACAAAAAUAUUUUUAAAAAAUAAAAAGCAAAAAAAAUCAGAAUAAGAGGACAAGGUGCAAUAUAUUGUCACUCACUGCAGUAUAGCCUUUUCCGCAGUGAAGAUUUUUAAAUUAUUUUGUAUCUAUCACUAUAAACAUAUGUUGUUUUCUUGCAGUAUUUACAUUUUUCUCCUUGUUUUAUUUUUUGUCGGUAGAUUAAGUUAUUGGUUAAAUAUGUACAACAUGUUUAUAUAAUUAUCUGUAUAAAUGUGUAUCUUAUCAUCAUUAUUCCCCAUGAACAUUGCUAAAGGUAAUAAUAAAAAAAAUUUAAAACCA